UACAAGUCGAAAAAGUCAAUUGAAAACAAAAACAAAGUUUGAAUUAAUUUUUCAUUAAAUAAACUAACUUAAUUACAACAAAUAAGCAUGUCAUUCGUAGACGACGAAGAUGAUUUGUGUCCACCAAAUGAAGAGGAAGAAUUAAGUCUUCCAAGAGCAAGCAUUAAUAAAAUAAUUAAGGAAAUUGUGCCAACAAUUCGUGUAGCCAACGAAAGUAGAGAAUUAAUCCUUAAUUGCUGCACAGAAUUUAUUCAUCUCAUCAGUUCUGAAGCGAAUGAAAUAUGCAAUCAGAAGAACAAAAAGACAAUAAGUGCUGAACAUAUUUUGGAAGGACUGAACAAGUUAGGAUUUAGUGAUUUUACAAGAGAUGCUCUCAAUGUCCUUAAUGACUGUAAAAUGCAAGCGGCAAAGCGUCGUCGUCAAAGCACUCGAUUAGAAAAUUUAGGAAUAUCGGAAGAGGAAUUAUUCAGGCAGCAACAAGAGCUGAUUCGACAAGCCCGAGAGCAGAUGAAUGAAGAGUUUCAGCAACAACAGUUUGGCUUACAAGCACAAACAAUUGAGAAUAAGGAAAAUUGUGAUGAUGACGACGAUGAUGAUUAUUAAUUAAAUGGAAAUAGGAAUAAAACUUUAAAAUUUAAUCCAUAAUCUUUAUUGCUGUGAAUCUUCAUGUCCACAAAACCACAAUAAAAGUUAUUUUUUAGGCGGUUAAAUGUU